GAGGAAGAGAUCAAACAGCAAGCUAGCAUGAUGAGAAGAGUUGUUGUAGUGGUGUACUUAGCUAUGCUUGUACUGCUAGUACUGGUAGCGCAAGCUCAUCAAGAGGAAGAGUCUUCUUCCUCGACAGGAGAAGCACCAAUGGCUUCUGUCGCUUCCCUACCUGGAGACGAGGGCAAGACACCUCCAGGUUCUGAUUGUGUUGAAACGUGUCCUACAAAGUGUUGGGUGUUUAAACAUGUCCCAAAGCAUUAUGCGGCUUGUCUAGAACUUUGUAAGAAACAUUGCAAUGACGGCACUCUCCCUCUCACAGAUGCCAUCUAUACUUGUACUUUUGCUUGUGCUGAUUCCAUGCCCAUCAGGCAGCUUGCCUCAGAUCAUGCGGUUGGAGGAAAUGUGGAAGCCUGCUUCGAAAAGUGCAAGAAGAAUCGUUAGCAUGUACUGCUAGCUGUUCAACAUUUACUUGUAAUAAAGCUUGAAACAAUGAGAUGGAUAUAAUA